CAAAGCUUAAAAUCAAUGUUCGAUUGUUUGUGGAAGAACAAAUGUGACACGCUAAAAGUUUCGGUGCCAGCUCUAGCGUACCUCGUCCAGAACAACCUCCUCUACGUUGCCGCUACCAACCUCGAUGCAGCGACCUACCAGGUGACGUACCAGUUGAAGAUUCUGACGACGGCGAUGUUCGCGGUGCUGAUGCUGGGGCGCAGCCUGCACAAGCUGCAGUGGGUGGCGCUCGUGCUGCUCUGCAUCGGCGUUGCUCUCGUUCAGCUCGCUGCAACCACCGUAGCCGUUGUCGGGUCUGUGGAGCAGAACAAGCUGCUGGGCGUGGGGGCUGCGAUAGGCGCCUGCUUCUGCUCAGGCUUUGCUGGCAUUUACUUCGAGAAGAUCUUGAAGGGCUCCGACGUUUCCAUUUGGAUGAGGAACGUCCAGCUUUCACUGGCUUCCAUGCCGCUUGGUCUACUCACGUGCCUCGCCACCGACUGGACAGAGAUCAAAAACAAGGGCUUCUUCUUUGGCUACGACGCCUACGUGUGGUACUUGGUGGUUCUCAACGCCACGGGAGGACUUCUUGUUGCCAUGGUCGUCAAGUACGCCGAUAACAUCCUCAAGAACUUUGCCACCUCUCUCGCCAUCGUCCUUUCCAUGCUCGUGUCCAUAAUGUUCUUGGGCUCCUCACUCAACAAAGAAUUAUUAGCAGGUGCAAGCUGUGUGAUUGCCUCAUUAUUCUUGUAUGGCUACAAGCCUUUACAGGUGUGCAGUGACUCUAUCUCGUCAUCAACAACACCUCCCAAAGAGCAGCCAGCCAUUACAGAGGUUUAGACGUGUAAAAUUUUAGAUUGGUUAUAAUUUCUUUUGAGAGAUUGCUUGUGAAAGAUUGCUUGUGAAUAGUUUUAGGAUUUAGUUUGUGAAUUAUGUAUGCUAAAGAGUGAAAAUAAACCAAAGUGACUGUUUAUUAUAGUUCCUAUUGAGCUUGGUUGAUACGCGAAAAAGAAGACACAUGAAUGAUCACGGAAAAUGUUCAUUCAAAUUGUCAACGUAAAAUGUUGUCGAAUAUUCAGAAAAUUAUCUUAAAAUAUCUAUGCAGCACAAAAUUUCUCCCGAGAAUCCGCUGACACGUAUUGAAAUCUAGCCUACAAUUCCUGAUCACGGGUGGACACAGCGAUAAUUUACUGAAGGUUCAUCGAAACAUGUUACAC